UUCUCUCUUUUAUGAAAUUUGAUUUAGUUCCCAGAAAUACUGUCUUGGUUAAGGUUACUUGUUUGUUAUUAAGAAAUAUUUUGUUUUCAUGAUAAGGUUAAUAAGGGAAUAUGCGAACAUAGCGAAGUAAUUUAUAACUUUUAAAUUAAAAACACCAUGGAAGACGAGGAUGAAAUAGAUGUCCUUGGAGAGUUUAAUUUAGAGAGUUUGCUUAAGAAGAACGAAGAUCAAAUAUCUUCCUGCUAUGAUGGUGAGAAUCAACUGGGCCUUAAUUGUGACUCUUCGUGGAUGUUAGACUCAACAACCCAACCUUGUUGGUAUGACAAUAGAUCAGACCCACAAACAUCAUUUGGAGGAUUCUCUCCCGAAUCAUAUGAUACAAACUCUUGGUCUGAUAAAGAGAGAUAUCUUCUAGAGAAAGGAUUUGAAUUAUUUGGAAGGAGUUGGUCUCGACUGGCUCAGUACAUAGGAACGAAGAACUCAGGACAAGUGAAGUCAUAUGUUAAGACCAUGGGCGUAUGUGGAACUAGCAGAAUAUCCGUGGCAACCCCCAGCUUUGGAAUUGAUAGCAUAGACUAUAACGUCACAGAGCUAAUCCAUGACAUGGAGAUUCCUGCUUCAAUUGAAGAAGUUAUUGCAGUAGUUAGCACUGCACAGCCCACUGUUAUACAUCCCUCUACACAAAAAGAGGUCUACACAAAUGCAAGCUCUACUUCACACAGGAAAACAAAGGGGCGGCGGAAGAAAAAUGUAGGAGAGUCAAAUAGAAGUCGUGUUGCCACAACAAAACCAAAAGACGUAGUGCAAGUUUAUAAUGCUGAAGAGAUAAAAGAUGUGCUUACAGGGAACAAAGAAAAAGACACUAUCAUAUUACCUAAUGGAGAGCAAGUGAUACGAAUACGACAUGGGUCAAGUGUCAGUGAGGGCAGUGAUGUCGAUAUUGACAUUGAUUCCGAUGUGGAUAGUUACAAAGAAGAACUCUCCGAUGGAAAAAAGCACUUGGUUAAACAAGAACUCCCUCCCAAAGAAGUAGACACUAAAGAGGAGCAUUUGGUCAAAAACGAAGAAAUCACAAAAGUAACUGAAGAUAAUACAAAGGAACUGUUCUGUGAAACUCUCUAUGAAGUACAAAACAUUUAUGAUGGAACAGUAGAUGUAUAUGUGGAUAAUAUUGGAAAAGAAGUUUCUGUAGUCACUGAUGGGAGCCAUCGACAGAACGUUCUUCUCGAUUCAAAGUCAUUUGGUUCAAGUGAUUGA